UUUCUCACUUUACCGGUACUUUUAUAAAUAUUCAUCUUCCAGAACUCGCAAUAGCUUUCCCAAACAAAACCCUAGAUUUUCUCACCAACUUUUCUUUUUCCCGUUAAGACAAAGAAUCUUCGAAUCCCACUUCCAGAUCCCAAUUUCCAUUUUCGGGAGAGUCGGGUUUACGUGAGUCGAAUUCUGCUUUUUUUCCCUCUUUCCUUGGACUGGGCAUGGGUAAGGUGCUCCGGGAAACCGCUAAGCCCUCAUCGUCGUCGUCUUCAUCUGCCUCGGCUUCUCCUCCGACGACUACUACCUCGACUUCGAUCACCGAGACCGUGAACGGUACCCACCAUUUCAAGAUCAAUGGGUAUUCUCUUUCUAAGGGUCUUGGGAUUGGGAAAUACAUAGCUUCUGAUACUUUCAAUGUCGGUGGGUACUCCUGGGCAAUUUACUUUUACCCCGAUGGCAAGAGUGCCGAGGACAAUGCCACGUAUGUGUCGCUGUUUAUCGCGCUCGCUAGUGAGGGAACUGAUGUGAGGGCGUUGUUUGAAUUGACUCUUUUGGAUCAGAGUGGAAGGGAUAGACACAAGGUGCAUAGCCAUUUCGGGAGGAUGUUGGAGAGCGGGCCUUACACGCUCAAGUACCGCGGUAGCAUGUGGGGUUAUAAGCGAUUCUUUAAAAGAACUGCCUUGGAGACUUCAGACUAUCUUAAAGAUGAUUGUCUAUCUGUAAACUGUAUUGUUGGUGUUGUGAAGUCACAAACGGAAGGACCUAAGAUCUACUCCAUAGCAGUACCACCACCCAACAUUGGUCUGCAUUUUGGGCAAUUACUGGAAAGUGGGAAGGGAACUGAUGUUACUUUCGAUGUUGAUGGAGAAAAUUUUUCAGCUCACAAGUUAGUACUAGCAGCUCGAUCACCUGUAUUCAGGGCCCAACUUUUUGGUCCUAUGAAGGAUCAGAACACCCAAUGCAUAAAAAUUGAAGACAUGGAGGCUCCAGUCUUUAAGGCUUUACUUCAUUUUAUAUACUGGGACUCACUGCCUGACUUAGAGGAGCUUACUGGCAUGAACUCUAAAUGGGCUUCUACUUUAAUGGCUCAGCAUCUGCUUGCAGCAGCAGACCGGUAUGGUUUAGAAAGGCUCAGGUUGCUAUGUGAGGCAAGUCUCUGUGAGCAUGUUGCUAUUAACACUGUGGCAACAACGUUAGCUUUGGCAGAGCAGCAUCACUGCUUCCAGUUGAAAUCCGUGUGCCUCAAAUUUGUUUCAUUGCCUGAAAAUCUGGGAGCUGUGAUGCAAACCGAUGGAUUUGAUUACUUGAAGGAAAGCUGUCCCUCCGUCAUAACAGACCUUUUGCAAUAUGUAGCCAGUGAGCAUCACUCUACUGUAUUCAGGCUUGGAAAUGAAGCUAUUCUUGAUGGCAGCGACAUUAAUGGUAGGCGAGUGAAGCAAAGGCUAUAGGAAUGACAUGCUUUUUUGUUUUUGUUUUUUUUACACAAUUUUUUGUGUAGGCAAAGAGAUGAAGAAAAAGCAAACAGAGCAAGAGAGAGAAGUCCCAAAAAUUAGUUCUAGGAUUAGAAAUAAUGUACCUAGUUCUUAGUUUUAUCAUUGUAUUGAAUGUUGGUUUGCAAAUGUAAUUGUGGUUAUAAUUUUCUGUGUUUCUUUCCUCUUUUAAUUCUAAUUACCACUGCUUGUAGAAAAGAAAAAAGAGAAGUGUUCAUAAUUCUUGCAUUUAGCAAUAUAGUUCUUCUACUACACUUUCUAGAAGCAAGUUCUUAUUCUUUAAUGCAAUUAUUUUAAUGUUU